AUGUCAAAAACACAAGUUUUAGACGAUUUUGCUUAUAAACCAGCUUUAGGGUACAAGUCUGUUUUUACUGCAGAGCAGAAAAAGUAUAUGUGCGACAAAAUUUUAGAGAAUGAGGCAAGAUUGCAUGGUUUCACCCAAUUGGAAGUUCGAAGGCUAGGGUACACCUUUGCUCAAAAUUUAAAUAUACCAAAUCGUUUCAAGAAUGAUACUCAAAAACCAGAGCCAACAUCUGCAGCUAGAGCAAGUGGCUUUAACAAACGUAGCAUUGAUGAAUUUUAUAAAAUACUGAAAAGUGCAUAUGAUCAGUAUGAUUUUGAUGCUCAAAACAUCUACAAUGUAGAUCAGACAGGUGUUUCUUGCAACCCUAAGAGCCAAGCAAAAGUGGUAGCAUUAAAAGGCAAGAGGCAGGUUGGUUCGAAAGUUUCUGCAGAAAGAGGCACAACUGUGACUGCCUGUAUAUGUUUUUCGGCCUCAGGGAAAUAUAUGCCACCGAUGCUAAUAUUUCCUCGCAAGAAUGAAAAUCCAAGAUACUUGGAAGGCAAGCAGCAAGAUUCAUGGGCUGAGUUUAAUGGAAGUGGCUGGAUGGAAGAGAAAGUAUUUACAAAGUGGCUAGAACGGUUUAUUCAUUUCUCAAAUGCAAGUACGAGUAAUCAAGUAUUGUUGCUAUUAGAUGGCCAUGCAACGCAUGUUAAGAACCUUGAUGCAAUUAAACUGGCUCAAUCUAAUGGUGUUGUGAUGAUCUGCUUUCCCCCACACUGUACCCACAAAAUUCAGCCACUGGAUGUAUCUUACAUGAAGCCAUUAAGAAAUUUUUAUACUGCUGAGGUAAAUAAAUGGAUGAGAGAGCAUCCUCAGUGUACCAUAGGAUUGAAAGAUAUUUUUUCAAUUUUUACUCCAGCAUUUUUAAAAGCUUCUUGUAUGGCUACUGCUGUCAAUGCAUUCAGGAAGACUGGUAUUUUUCCUUUCAAUCCAGAAGUAUUCACUGAAGAUGACUUUGUAGCAUCAAAAUCCAUUGGUAGUAUUGCUACCACAAGCUCAGGUGAAAAUGCAGUAACAAGCAUACAAGCUCUCACAAGAGAAUAG